AUGAUAAAGACAAUUUUUCUGUUUACCUUACCACUGAUUGCAUUUACCUACGAAAAUAUAGCUUUAAAAAAGAAUACUUGGCAGUUACAUCCCUACGCUGACGAGACAUUAAGAUACUCUGCAAACGCUUCCAAGGCUGUUGAUGGACUCAAAACAGACCUCUCUUAUACUGGACACCAAUGCACGGUGUCUGCAAAUAAAAAACGUGAAGCUGAGUGGCGUGUUGACCUUGGAGCCGUCCUGGGCAUCAAUCACAUCAGAAUUUAUUAUAGAACAGACAACAUAUCUUGGGGCCCUGCUCACGGAUAUGUACCUAGAUUCCUAGGAUUCUCGGUGUACAUAUCAAACACGACGGAUAAAGAAGACGGGGUUCUCUGUUUUAUGGACAACCAAAAUUUUACCAAAGAAAAUAUACCAGCUGUCAUUACAUUGAACUGUACUCACCAAGGUAGAUACGUCAUCUACUAUAACAACAGGACGUUAAGACAUCUACCACCGGACUAUUCGCAAUAUGCAUACAACGAACUGUGUGAAUUUGAAGUAUAUGGGUGUCCACUUAACUAUUUUGGUCCGACGUGUAGCCAGUCGUGUCCUGCUCAAUGUAAUAAUAGCAACUGUCACAUUGACACUGGUGAAUGUUUUGGGUGUAAAGACGGAUAUCGAGGUCCAAAAUGUGGAGAAGAAUGCGAGAACAACAUGUAUGGGGCCGGAUGUUCGGAAGAAUGUGGACACUGUGUGAAUGGAGAACAGUGCAACCCUGUUCACGGGACUUGUCGCAAUGGCUGUGAGACGGGAUAUUAUAAAAAAAGGUGUAAAAGAGAAUGUCCUCAAGAGUUACAUGUAUACGGAAGAAAUUGUUCGAAAAACUGCAGUGAGAAUUGUUUUUCAAAGACAUGUGACGGUAAAACCGGUGUUUGUAAAAGAGGUUGUUCAAAGGGAUGGAAGUUACCCUUAUGUAACGAAGAAUGCGAUGACUCAACUUAUGGAAGUAACUGCAGCUAUUCGUGCGGUCACUGUCAAGAUGAAGUUCCUUGUGACAAAAAAACAGGAAAAUGUCCCUCGGGCUGUGCUUCUGGCUAUGAAGGAAUUUAUUGUAACAAAACAUGCGAGCAUAAAUACUACGGACUUAACUGCAACUUGACUUGCAGCACCACCUGUAUCAACCAAACAUGUGAUGCUGAAAGUGGAAUUUGUGUGAUGUCAGCUCAGGCAAAGGAAGAAGACGGAAACUUGAUCACGCCUGUUGCCACUGUAGGGUCCCUGGGUAUCGUGGCUGUUGCGACGAUAGGUGUUGUUGUAAUCAUUGUGAAAAGAAGAAAAAGGCAACAGAAUCAGGUUCCCCCACAAAAACAAGACCGAAGUAAGCAGUACGAAAAUACUGAAUUUCAUUUAUCAAAUCUCAACAAAAACAAGCCAAGUGCUCAUGACUCAGCAAGAACUGAAACAGAUAAAGCCUCUGUCGACUUGCCUCCUGAUGUUGACAUCGAUGAGAAAAUCCACCAAGAGAAUCCUUAUGGGGAUAUGUAUGUUAAUGAGCUAUAUUGCCGAGACUUUUUAAUAAAGGACAUUGGUUCUGUCAUCAUGAAAAAGAGAAAGGCUGAAAAUGAUGGAUUUAAAAGAGAGUAUGCUUCUCUACCAUACGGUGAAAGAUAUCCUUGUACCAUCGGUAAACUCAACGUCAACGUUUCCAAGAACAGAUUUAAAGCGACUUUUCCCUAUGAUCAUUCAAGAGUGAUUCUAAGAAAGAAUACAGGAUCAGCUGACGAUUAUAUAAACGCUAAUAACCUUGAUGGAUACGAACGUGAAAACGAAUACAUUGCAUCGCAAGGUCCCAAAGAGAGUACUUUAGCUGAUUUUUGGGAGAUGGUUUGCCAAGAUAAAGUCAAGCAAAUAAUCAUGUUAACAAAUCUAAGGGAGGGAAGAAAGUUGAAAUGUCAUCAAUAUUGGCCAAACCUUGGUAAUAAAGAAACAUAUGGCACGAUCUCUGUCAAAUCGAUGCAGGAAAAACAGUAUGCGUUUUAUAUUAUUAGAAAGUUCCAAGUGUCUCAGAAAGCGAUAAAUUCAUACAUGGUGACCCAAUUCCACUAUACCACUUGGCCUGAUCACGGAACCCCAGAUCCUCUAUGUUUGGUUAUAUUCCAUAGCAAAGUUUCUCAUGAAAAACCAAAUCAAGACGUCGCACCUACAAUAGUGCAUUGCAGUGCUGGAAUAGGUCGCACUGGUACGUACAUUGCCUUGGACUCCCUCUAUCAUGCAGGGAAAAAAUCUGGAAGAGUCAACGUAGCAGAGUAUGUGAAGACAAUGAGGGCCAACAGAAUGAAUAUGAUACAGACAUAUGAACAAUACAUGACCGUUUUCUUGGCAUUACACGAAGCAUUUCAGGCUGUGCCGGAUCCUGAAGCCACUGUCAAGUUUCGUCAGAGAAUUUCACCAAUGCUAAAGGAUGUACCGGCAAACUAUUCCGGGCUUAGAAAGGAAUAUGAGCUUUUGAGGAAGAUUUGCCCGGUUUAUACUAAUGAUGAUUACAAACUAGCUAAACAAAGCAUGCCGAAGUUUAGGAAAGAUGCUAUUUUACCGCUUGAUAAGUAUGGACUCUAUCUUUCAUCGAACGUUCCAACAAGGGGAGGCUUCAUCAACGCUAUUGUUGCUUCGUCAUACAUCAAGGAUAAUGCGUUCAUUGUUACACAUUAUCCGCCACAAGAGGACGCUGUUGAUUUUUUGCGCCUAAUUGGUGACCAUGAAAGUGGUAUCGUGAUUUGCAUGGAUCCUUUGAAUACAAUAAAUUCGAGUAAGUCUUGGUUGCCCUUGCCUUCAUCAGAAAAGAUCGUUUCUCCCUACAAAGUGGUCAAUAAUUCCAGCAAAGACAAUAAAAUCAAGACUUCAGUUAUUUCUAUUCAUAAAAAGGGGGAAAAAACACGCGAUGUUACGAUAGCUGAGCCCAAAUCUGACCUGAAGACUCAAAACGUAAAUGACACUUUCUCCCUUUGGAGCUUGGUCUCGUUUGCACUGAGUUGUCCUGAUGAGGGCCCAAUUACUGUCGUCAGCAAGGACGGUGCUUCAAUGUGUGGUGUAUUUGUUUCUGUGUUUAACUCUAUACAACAAAUCACUAUGGACGACAACAUUGACGUGUUUACAACAGUCCGACAACUACAGACAAGGAGACCAGAGUUCUGUUCCACACAAGAUGAAUAUGGUUUGAUCUACCAGACUGUUUACGACCAUCUGAUAGCUGCGUCAGAUAAUGUUUACUAUAACCAGUGACCAUAUUUAGCAAAGGAAUAGAUAUGAUGAUGAUGAUGAUGAUGAUGGUGAUAUGCAUUAACAUUUUAAUGUUUCGCAUUUAAUUUAUCUAUUAUUUUUUAACUGUUAUUAGUUCCAAUAUUGUUUAUUUGUCGUUUUUCUUUGCCAAUAGUGGUGUUAUCACGAUUGAAAUAAGGAUGAAAAGAUGUUAAUAAGGUGCAAUUACAUUAAAUUCUUAUAUAUGUUUUUUAUACAAUAACUAUCUUUAAGUCAUGUUUUUAUUUCAUUUUUUUUUUAUUUUUUUGUUCAGUUUUAUGACCUCAAACUUAUAUGCAUGAU